CAAAGUGAGGCUCAUAAGGCUUAUCAUUCUAUAAUCGCUACAGUUUUUUGGACGUUGUUUCUUUGGUAGGGUUAUGAAUUCGGACUUUAACCAAUCUUCAGGGAUAUCACCAGUCGAAUAAACAUCAUUGAAAAGUUUGACUAGUAUUCCAAUGUUUUCCUUAUUUAUGAGCUUUAACAUUUCUGUAGGUAUGUUGUCGGGACCAACGGCUUUCUUGUUUUUUGCCAAUUUUAUAGCAUGUAGUAUUUCUGAUUUUAGUAUUUCUGGUCCUUCACCUUCAUCUAAAGUCGCCAGUUCUUCGGGUUUAUCAUCAUUAUACAGUUCAUUUAUAUAAUUAUACCAAGUAGUUCGUAUUUCGUGCAUUAAUUAUUAUAUGCCCAAUCUAUAAAUAAAGGAAUAAACUGAAAUGCGAAAAUUAUAUCGCGAUGUAACCCUCUUGUGCACAGCGUACAAAGGUUUUAUUUAGGAACAUAAUAAACAAACGACUCAAACAAUUAACUAAAAAUAUUGCCGGGGAAUAUCGAAACGGUUUUCAACUGACCAGCUAUUCACAGUAAAACAAAUUAUAAGAGUACGACAUUGAUGUUCACAACAUAUUCAUAGAUUUUGAAUAAGCCUACUACUCAAUUAAUAGACACAAGUUAUAUCAAAUAUUGCAUCGCUUUAACAUGUUUCAAAAAUAUAUCCGAUUAGUGAAAAGUAAAAACAACAGUGGACUCAUCAACAUCAACUCUCAGAAUACAAAAUGAGCUCACUGAGAACUUUUCAAUAGUCAAAGCAUUAAAGCAAGAAGACGUACUGGCUCCGACUAGCUCUUCGACCUGCGUCUCGAAUAUGUGUUAUUAAGACAGUUGAUGAUAUCAGUAUUACGAUAAUGUGUCGCAGAACGAAAGAAUAUAUCUGUUGUGUAUUUAAUUGUGAGUUCUGAGUUGCUUGGCAACGUUGCGUUGGGCUGUCAACGACGACAGAUGACAGGUAACCAGAAACUGGAGGCAAGCUCUUCUCAUCUCUGUAUUAGAUAAUAUAUUUGAUAAUAAAGUAAUCAAAGUACAAUUUAGUAUCUGUAUCACGGGCUCAAACGUAACAUUUUGGCGACGGGAUAAAAAAAAAUAAAGUGAAGUUCCUAUUUACGAUAGGGUUUAUACAGAGAGGUGUUUUAUAUUAGUUAUUGUAGUCAGCAACAUGGCGUUGAUAGGUAAUAUUGAAGCUUUUACCGGUGUUCCAGAAGAAUUUGAAUCCUACAUAGAAAGAUUAGAACAUUUGUUUACUGUUAAUAAGGUUGAAGAAAAUAUGAAGGUUUCAAUGUUAAUCACACUAGGAGGUACGAGUCUUUUUCAGGUGUUGAAAAACUUAGUGGCCCCAAAGAAACCAACCGAAUUUACGUUCCAAGAAGUGAAAGGGAAAUUGAUUAAACAUUUUUCUCCACCUGUGUCCGAAAUCUACGAACGUUUUGUUUUCAAUCGGUGUGAACAAAAAGCUGAUCAAUCUAUCUCUGAUUACAGUGUAGAGCUAAGGAAGUUGGCAAAUUCUUGUAAUUUUGGACAGUUUCUAGAAGAGGCUCUAAGGGAUAGGUUUGUUUGUGGGAUUAGAGACGAAGGAACACAAAAGAAGUUGUUGGGUGAUGUAGAUUUAACAUUUCAAAGUGCUUGUCAGUUAGCUUUGGCCUCAGAAGUAGCACAGAAACAAGUUAAGUUAUUAUCUGAGGGAGGUAAUAUAAAUGUAUUAAACAGAGGCAAGCAUAGAAAUCCAAAGUUUAGAUCAACUCUCAGUGCAGAUCAAAGUUGUAAAAAUUGUGGCAGAAGUCAUCAUAGAGGUAAAUGCCCAGCUGAAAAAUGGAGAUGUUUUUUUUGUGCAAAGUUUGGUCAUGUCAAGAAUUUCUGUCCAGAUAUUCGACCACAACCUGUGAAUGUAGUACAAGAGGAGGAAUAUAACAUUGAUAGUGACGAGGUCAACCUAUUAAAGCUGUAGGUGAAUGUACAGUGAAUGUACAUUAUGGGAGUAAAACAUGUGAGUUGCCAUUGGCAGUUAUAGAGUCAGGUAAGGAAUUCACGCCACUGCUUGGAAGGAAUUGGCUCAAUAUCUUGUUUCCUGACUGGAAAGCUAUAUUUUGUAUGG